AGGUGAUGGGGUCGAGAAUGAGUGUUCUGAGGACUUGGAGAAGCGAGAGAAAGGGUGGUGGCGAGGAGAUGAGAGUUGAGUUGUGGCUACCGCGAGGGUAGAUGGGGAGAGAGCAGAAGGAGGAGAGCUGAGUUAGGGCGUUUAGGGUUUGGGGGUUACAAAAACAGAAGAAAAAGAGUCGCCCCAGCUCUGUGCUCUCUGCGGGUGUGGAUGAGGAGAGGUGGUCCCAAGGCAUUUGCAUAUCGAAACCGCAGGCUGCCGUUUCCUCCCCGCUCCCUUCCCCACUAGCACUGCAUUCUCUCCCCUCUCUGGAUCUCUUCUUUGUGCCCCUCCCUCCCUUUAGCGACCUCCCCCUCCGUCGGUAACUCCCGGUUCACACAUUCUCCCCACCCUUCGCUUUCCUGCCUCCUUUCUCUCCACUUCCCCGCUUUUGUUCAUCUAGCCUUUGUGUGUUCCAGCCCGUUUCUCCCUCUCCUUUAUGCUGGGGCUUCUCCGGUAGCCAUUCCCUCUCCCUCAGCCAUGCCUGGGUCGACCCCCUUAGGUGUGGUCCCCACCUCACUCUCACACUUGCCUCGGGGGCUAUUUUUAUUUUUACUCCUGGGUGAGUCUGCGCUCUAGAGAUUCCAGCCCUGGGUCCUGUGUGAGGAAGAUUAUCCGGAGCCAGGGGACUUGUCCUGGGAAACCCCAGCUGUGCCCAGGGAAGAGGGAGGUGGCCUUCACUGCCCAGGCCUCAGCCUCACAGGUCCCUGCCCCCACUGCUUGCCAGGAAGGAAGCUGCUGAGACCGGAGACACAGCUGGCAGUGAUGGGGCCAAGAUCGGGAACUGCCCCUUCUCCCAGAGACUGUUCAUGGUGCUCUGGCUCAAGGGAGUCACCUUCAAUGUCACCACUGUUGACACCAAAAGGCGGACUGAGACGGUGCAGAAGCUGUGCCCAGGAGGGCAGCUCCCAUUCCUGCUGUAUGGCACUGAAGUGCACACAGACACCAACAAGAUUGAGGAAUUUCUGGAGGCGGUGCUGUGCCCUCCCAGGUACCCCAAGCUGGCAGCUCUGAACCCUGAAUCCAACACAGCUGGGCUGGACAUAUUUGCCAAAUUCUCUGCCUACAUCAAGAAUUCAAACCCAGCUCUCAAUGAUAACCUGGAGAAGGGACUCCUGAAAGCCCUGAAAGUUUUAGACAAUUACUUGACAUCCCCUCUCCCAGAUGAAGUAGAUGAGACCAGCGCUGAGGAUGAGGGCAUCUCUCAGAGGAAGUUUCUGGACGGCAAUGAGCUCACUCUGGCUGACUGCAACCUGUUGCCAAAGCUCCACAUAGUACAGGUGGUAUGUAAGAAGUACCGAGGAUUCUCCAUUCCGGAUGUGUUUCGGGGAGUGCAUAGGUACCUGCGCAAUGCCUAUGCUCGGGAAGAGUUUGCCUCCACCUGUCCAGAUGAUGAGGAGAUCGAGCUGGCCUAUGAGCAAGUGGCCAAGGCCCUCAAAUAAGCCCCUCCUGGAGCUCCCUCGCCCCCCUCCAUUUUCUCCACAAAGGCCCUGGGUGGUUUCCACAUGGUUACCCAAUGGACACACUCCAAAAUGGCCAGUGGGCAUAGAAUCCUGGAGCACCUGUGCAGGGCUUGCUGAGGGGGAUGAGGAGAAAGGAGGGGGGAUCUGGGUGAGAUUUUUACUAUGGGGUUGGUAGGACAACGUAUUUCAGUAAUAAAGUACAGAAUGAAAAUCUA